AAAGAGACCUCUUAAUGCAAAGCUUCUUUGCUUGUCACGGAACGAGAAAGCAAACGUAUGGACCCCCUCAUCCGUCACACAGCACAUUAUUAUUUUGACCUGAUGGUGGCAACUACUGUUUAAUUCUUUGCGAAUGGUGGGUCAGGUGAUUCAAUUUAUUUCAUAGAACAACUCAUUACAGGUAGACUCAAUGGGGUUCCGCGUUAAUGUUAAUCUACUACAACAUGUGUGACUAUAUUUAUUGUCGGAGGCUUAAUUUUCUGAGGAGGACAGGUUGGUCUCCAGGGGAAUCCCCUUGGUUAAUUCCUGGAGAAUCCCAGGGGGUGUGUGUGAUAACCCUUUGUGAGUGGGCACACAGUCAUUUGUGGGCAAACCCAGAUGAUUCAUUUGCAUGCAGAAAAAAAUGUGAUGUGAGUGAGGAAAAAACAUUGUGGUAAUCGGGAAAAUGAAUGGAAAAAGUAAGUAAACAGUGACAUAGAAAUAUAGAACAAAAAAUAUAUGAAUGAAAAAUAAAUGCAACUUUGUGCCCCUGCUCCAUGGCGGGCCAUCUGGUCAAGGUCAUGGAUUGAACUCGGUAUUUCUCUAGGACACGAGGGAACUUCCUGUAUCGCCUACUAAGAGUCCUAACUCUCUGGAUAUUGGCAUACACCCUCUUUUUUAGCCCUUCGCUCAUAGCGCAUGCAAUGUUCUGAAGUUCUAGGAAGACUUCGGCCAUUAUCCCAUUAGGGGUUAUAUCUGCUUUUGGCCUCGGGCCGAGACUUAAAGAUUAAGGCGGUUGUUGCAUGUGUCUCGGGUCAGACCUCAGUGCUGCCCAGUGCUCUGUGUGAACACUGUCCUCUCUCGCAUCAGCCUCACCAACGGCUCUCUGCAGGAUUCUUGGUCAAAACAAACCCAAAACCCUCUCUUGGAAUAAUGGGUGGCAACUGCUCCAGCCUGGAUGAUAUAAUGGAGGAAGACAUGCACCACUGGUACACCAAAUUCAUGAGGGAGUCGCCCUCGGGGCUCAUCACACUCUUCGAGCUCAAGACAAUGCUCGAAAUGAACGGCAUGACGGAGGAGGCCAGCAGCUAUGUGGACCAGGUCUUCUUCACCUUCGACAUGGACGGGGAUGGCUACAUAGACUUUGUGGAGUAUAUCGCAGCAAUAAGCUUAUUACUGAAAGGAGAAAUAAACCAGAAACUAAAGUGGUACUUCAAGCUGUUUGAUCAAGAUGGGAAUGGGAAAAUUGACAAGGAGGAACUAGAGACUAUAUUCAAGGCAAUUCAAGAUAUCACCAGGAGUUACGACGUCCCCCCAGAGGAGAUUGUGACACUUAUAUAUGAGAAAAUCGAUGUCAAUGGAGAAGGUGAGCUGACGCUGGAGGAGUUCAUCAGCGGCGCAAGGGAGCAUCCUGACAUCAUGGACAUGCUCAGCAAGAUGAUGGACCUCACCAACGUCCUGGAAAUCAUCAUCAAAGGUCAGCGGAAGAAAGCCGUGAACUGAACUGAACAGUCAACGAGCUGGAUCGUGUUGGGAGGAAUCGACGUGGUUCUCGCGGUGGAUUCAGCGUUGAGGAAACAGUGCAUGUGCUUGCUGAAGAGCUGAGUCCCUUCUCAGACUGCACAGAAUGAACUGAACGAACAUGACAGUGCAGCCCGACGCAGAUCUGUCAGCCGCCCAAUGGGUGAAGGGGAUUUGUUCUCAGCCUUUUCGGCCUGUGGUCUCACAUUUCUUGUACAAUUUCGGUUAAAGGUUGACAACACUUUAUCAGAUUACAUGUUUGGAGUGUCUCAGUGAAGAAGACUGGCCCGACUGCUCGCGAGCUCCCACCAUGUUUCAAGUCGAUGGUGCAAAGCAAAGUGGGUAGAUCACUUUGCUUCAUGGCAUUAGUUUACCGAGCUGGAAAUGCCGCACAAGCCUCUCUCUGGUUUGCAGAACCGUCAGGCAGAGUGCAGUCAGCCCAAAACGUCUUUGGGAUAAUUAAUCAUCCGACAAGAUUUCGAUUUGAAUGUAUUGAAUUCCACAGUUCUAUUCUGAUAAGUUCUGUUGAAAACUGGUGCAAAACUAUUUUUUUUUUUAUAAAACCUGGGAACUUCCUUUGCCAAUUAAAGACAUAGUUACUGUAUUUUGGUGUUAAGAUAUUAACCUUUCACAAACACAAGCAUUUAAAUUGUUUCAUCUUUGUUUUGUGUGGUUGCCCUUGGAUGAAAACUAAUCUGCUGGAUUUAAAAAACAAAAAACAAAUCUGGAUUGUAACUGAAUACAAAUGUAUUGUCAAAUUAUCAAAAAUGUUGUCACCGUGCACAUGAAAUGUAACACCCCACAGUAUUUUGCUGCAAUUAAGAUUACAGUGUUGCCUUAAAAACCAA